AGCUUUAUAUAAUGCGGCCGGGCGGCCCCGGCUCGCCUCCCUAGCUCCACGCGCGCCCGGACCCGCGACCAGGCUUGAGCGCAGCUCCCGACCGGCGGACUCCCGAGCAAGAUGGAGUGGGUGUGGGCGCUGGUGCUACUGGCGGCGCUGGGCAGCGCCCGGGCGGAGCGCGACUGCCGGGUGAGCAGCUUCCGAGUCAAGGAGAACUUCGACAAGGCUCGCUUCUCCGGCACCUGGUACGCCAUGGCCAAGAAGGACCCCAAAGGCCUCUUUCUGCAGGACAACAUCGUCGCCCAGUUCAUGAACGAGAAUGGCCACAUGACAGCCACGGCCAAGGGCCGAGUCCGUCUCUUUAAUAAUUGGGACCUGUGCGCAGACAUGCUGGGCACCUUCACAGACACGGAGGACCCUGCCAAGUUCAAGAUGAAGUACUGGGGCGUAGCGUCCUUUCUCCAGAAAGGAAACGAUGACCACUGGAUCAUUGACACGGACUACGACACCUAUGCUGUGCAGUACUCCUGCCGCCUCCUGAACUUCGAUGGCACCUGCGCCGACAGCUACUCCUUCGUGUUCGCCCGUGACCUGAACGGCUUUUCCCCGGAGGUGCAGAAAAUCGUGAGGCAGAGGCAGGAGGAGCUGUGCCUGGCCAGGCAGUACCGGCUGAUCGUUCACAAUGGUUACUGUGAUGGCGAAUCAGAAUGAAAUAUUUUGUAGCAACAUGGAGGGUGUCGUUUCAUUAGGAAACUUCCCAUUAACUCACUCAGCCUUCAACUCUUAGAGUUUAGUUUGCACCGCUCUCUUCCCCUCCCCUCCCCUCCCCGCCCUUCCCCUCCCCUCCCCCGCGUAAACAUAAAACAUUCAGUACACGUAAAAAUAUAUGUGGGGAUAAGUGAAUCUCUUUGCACUCAAAUGUCUGUGUUCCCUGGAGUUUUCUAAGGAAUCAUUUGAGGAUUAGGAUUCCAGAUGUUGAUUUAUUAAAAUAUGUAUAGUUACCUA